UUGGGUCCCAAGUCCAACUGAGUCCCACGUAUUCUCCACUCCCCAGUGCCUUAUCUUCAAACUAGAGAGCAAUCUCAUCUACAGGAACCCGAAAGCUUAUGCAAAAGAUUAGUGUUGUAAAUGGCAUCAACAGGGAAUGCUUGUUCCUUACUUAUGACUAAAGGGCAACGCCCAUUUUCAUCUCUCAGACUACCCUCAACUUCUCCAACAAUCCCCUUCUGUAAUUCCUUCAAACGCGUAUUAGGGAUUGAAGGGCCCAAACCACGGGCUGUCUAUUUAUCUUUGAAGGAUUUUAAAUGCGAAUCCGUGGUGGCUGCAGUAGAAGAUGAGGUGGGGAUACUGGAACCUCGUCCUCACACGCUCCUCUACUCCUUCCUUCCUUCUCCCUGCCUGCUUUUCGCUGCUCUUCCUGCAGAUGGAAGUGUGAGAUCUAUGCUGGGGCCAUUUGUGGAGCUGGUUAAAACAUGGAAUCUUCCAGAAUGGGUCGUGCACUGGGGUCAUCCUGGGAACAUGGCUGUUGUGCUCAUCGCCAUGGGUGGUUAUGGCACUUACCUGGGUUUCCGAAUUCGGUCUUCAAAUGAUGUGGAGGAAAGGGCCAAGGCCAAAGACUUGCAUCCUAAACUCCUAGCUGGAAUGUUCUUCUUCUUUUCUCUUGGAGCCACGGGAGGGAUUAUCUCUUUGCUCACUUCAGACAAACCCAUCCUUGAGAGCAUUGAAGGAUGAGAAGUGUCAGUGUGCCCUUUUAUGGAAUUAGGCAUGGACCGGGACCGGGCCAGGAUUUGGGCAGGACUGAGGUUUGGCAAUUGUGGCCCAGGGUAACCCGGGUUUGAGAAAUACUCAUAGCAUUCUAGGCAGUGGAAUAAUGACUCUGUUUCUUGUCCACGCGGCCCUUGGAUUACAGCUUGGCUUAAGUUGGUGAGCUGGCUCGCAUUGAAAUUGUUUGUUUUAAUAUAAUGGAGAGUAACAAGCUUGGGGUUGUUGAAUGUUGAUUAACAUAAAAUGAUGGAUGAGCUAAAUUCAACUCUUUCUUCGACUUUGUUUUCAUCAAGUUUUUUGUUACUAUGGGUUACACUUGUAGUUUUCCAAUGUCCCUAGUGUUGUAAUUAAAAUAUGAAUUGUUCAUACUUAUACAUCUCUGUAAUAAAGAAUGGAC